AGAAAAUAUGGUUGAUAGAUUGCAAAAAGAAAUAAAUGAUGCUGCAGCAGAUGUCACAAAAUUAGAUAUGAUACUGUUUCCCAUUCACAAUCAUGAGCACUAUUAUAUCUACUGCUUUUACACAACAAACAACAUUGUUGAUGUAAUUGACAACCGGAUGCUUCCAGAUGGGGUGAGCGUUGAGGACAAAUAUGGCAAAACUUUGAAAAAAAUGCAUGAAGGAUUCAAAGCCUUCUGUGAGAAAGUGCAGAUUUCAAGCACAACAAGUUGGGUCCCCAGAAUCUUAUACAUGCCAUGGAGACAUAAUAGCAAUCACGUUGACUGUGGAGUAUAUACUUUGCGUCACUUGGAGACGUUUCGUGGGCAAGGACAUGUAUGGGAUUCUGGAUUUGCAACUGCUGCCACAAAUGAUGGAAUAAAAGCUCAAAAUGAAACAAUCCAAAAGAUGAGAGUGAUGUAUGCAGCUCAAGUUUUACUGUCAAAAUUUAACAAAGAAAGGG